GUAAAUAUAGUAAGUAAAAUGUGUGUGUGUAUGCACAUAAUAAUAGUUUUUAAUUAUAUGCAUGUUUCUUUAACACAAUAUACAAUGCAAUACAAAUACAACAAUACAACACAAAAUAAUACAAUUGCAAAAAAAAAUCCCCAUUAGAUCUGGCUGCUGGGAAUUGUGGGAUUGGCCCAGACCUGGAGCAGGGAUCAUUAAAAAUGAAGAUGUGGAUGAAAUGUCGCGGUCAGCGUUAGGUCACUCUGACACAGCACAGUCUACGUCUCAUUUAUCGUGUCUCUUUCUCGCGGCUGGUCUCUUUUCUGCCGGGUGCUGACCGCUGCCAUGUGUUCUUCUGCUCUCUUGAUUCUAGCACAACCGAGCGAUUAGCCCUCUUCGUCACCCUCCUCAUCAUCGCUCUGGUUUCUGUGUUAGAUCUGCUUCUCCGAGCCCUGCAUGUUUGAUAGAGAGUUUGGGGGCCGUUCUGUUGUCAGCUUUGGCAUUUAUUAAUAACUGACCUCUUUAAUUGGAUCUUCCAUCCGUACAGUUUUCAUGUUAAUUAGGGCGACAGUGAAGUCACAGCACAGUGUUGGCACGAAUCAACUAAACGGCUCAGUCUUUUAUUUUAUAGAUUGUGUAGUUGGGUUAGCAAUAUAAUAAAGGGUUAUAGUCUUUUAUAGCGGUUUGAGAUGGGAAAAAAAGCAUGUGGAAUAAUUUAAUGUAGGUGGCGAACUAAACUGAAAGUUCAGUUUUAUUCGAUUUUUUUCACCGUUUAAAAAUUCUAACAUUUACUGGAGGUAACGAGCGACUAAAGCUGAUGACCUGUUUUAUUUUAUUUCAGUUUACUUUAGUUUUAUUAUUUAUUUUAUUUUAUUUGCGAAAUCACUCCAAACCUUUUUCAAAUUCUACCAAAUUAAGGCAUUUAAAUGAACAAACAGCUAAAGUUGAUCACAGGUUGAGAUUUUAUUAUAUUCGCAAAAUGACGUCACAAUUAUACGUAAUUGUGUGAAAAUAUUUUUACAUUCGUUAGAGACUAUAUAGUUGUGUUAAUAAUAUAAUAAAAUGUAUAGUCUUUUAAAGGAAAUAAAUCAUUUGGAAUAACUUUAGAUGACAAACUAAAUCAGAUGUUCUGUUUGUUUUUUAUUUUAUUUUAUUUACCGUUUAAAACCCUACAAAAUAUGGAAUUAUUUCAAAUGACAUUCACUGGAGAUAACAUCCAACUGAAGAUGAUGACAUUUUAUUUUAUUUUAUUUUAUUUUUUAAAUCAUUCCAGACCAUUUUAAAAUUGAAAUAAGUUCAAAUUGGACUAUUAUUUUACUACUUAUUUUAUUUUCAAAAUGGCUUUUAAAAUGACAUUUAAAUAGAAUGUGACAAACAACUAAAGAUGUUGGCUUAUUAUUUUAAUUUAUAUUGUUUUAUGUUUUUGUUUUAUUUUAAAGUUGUACAAAAUUAUGUGUAAUAACUUGUAAUAACAGUUUCACCUAUUUACUACUUUUUUUAAUACGGCGUUAUUUAAUUUUGAAUUUAAUCAACGUUUAUUACAUUUUUGCUCUUUAUUAAAACAUUGUAUAUAGUAAAAAAAAAGAAAAAAGUGUAGCAUUACACAUUAAAAAAUAUGACAAUAUUUCCUGUAUAAGAACCGCAUAAAUAAGUCAUUCGAUUAUAAGCAAACUUUUAAUACUGUUGUAUCGAAUUAACGAAAUCAGACAGUAUUGAGACACUGCCCAGACUACCUGAUUUUAUCUUCAUAUUCAGUAAAGCUCCUAUAAUAUCAGACUUUUCCCACGAGUGAUUCUAAACCUUUGUUUUUGAUAAAACUCCCACAGUCUGAGUGGGUGUGAGACGGAGGAUAAAAGGAAUGAAGACAAUAAUACGGCGCGAAGUGGGAUGUGGUUGCGGAGAAACGUGUGUUGUCAGACGAAACAAAGAAACAAAUAAAUCUAAUUCUUUUAGUUGAAUAUACAGAUAUAAAAAUAUAUCUGGGAAAUGUGUGCUCAUCCGUUGAUUAAACGUUAGAAAGGAACCAUUAUAUUCACUAUAUUCGAGUUACAGAUGUCACAAAAGCUUAAAUCCGAGAACCAUAUUUAUUGUCUAUCAUAAAUAGCAUUUACACAUGAAUAGAUAUUGGUCUGUUUCUAACAAAGUAUUUUAUUACACUGAAAGCAAAUACUUUAAAACAGGUAGGCAUUACCUAAUUAAAUUGUCCAUAAGCACAUUGCUUAUUAAAAACAGAUCUUAAUCGACUUUGCCUUGCCUUAGUGUCACAUUUUAUAUGAUAUGGAGAGUUCCUUUGCAAAAACAGUUUUUAACAAUUCGUGCAUUCAAAUGAAUCUGAAACUGCAGUUAGGUUCAAAACGACAACAACAAAACAGCUAACCAAACCAAAAACGUGAUUUUUGAAGACCUGCAUAUAUUGCUCGGACCUAGUGAGAAAUAAUUUACAGUAAAAGUGUGUCGCAUAGAGCUUUUAGCUCUAAAUCAUUAUCAACGUCAGAUUCUGGCUUUGAAUAAUUCCGUUUUUUUUUAUUAUUAUUAUAAAUCAGGACGGCAAACCAUCGGUCACGUGUAAUUUCGAAGAAAAUUAAGGAGGCAAAAUCAAAUCAAAUUUCCGAUCAUGUAACCCAAGCUUGCAAUAUUUUGAAACGCUGUUCACUUGACAACACCCACAGUGCUUGUGUUCAACGCUGCCAUUGAAACAAGUGAACAGGGUGUUGUUCCGAAUCUUCAGCACACAAUAAGUCAUAAAAAAAGCGUUGAAUCAGAUACGCACGACACUGAGGGACUUCAUCUUUGUCAGCUACUAGGUCAGUAUCUGUUAUACUGUGGGAUAGAUGUACAGUGUGUUGUUCGACGGACAACAGCAGGCCUGCAAAAGCACUGGACAUGGGAUAGGGUGUCGGUAUAAAAGUAGAGAAGUACCGAAAUCAGCAGUUGGAGGUCAUUCAAGGCUCGGGAGGUGAGGAAUUAUCACUGCGCUCGCGGAAUGGCUGAGUUAUUGUGGGUAUUUCUUGUGCUCGCUGUAACCGUCAAAGAUACACUGACACAAAGGAUCAUCGGAGGUCAAGAGGUCGUGCCUUACUCUAUCAAGUACCAGGCUUCUCUUCAGGUUAACAGGCAGCAUUAUUGUGGAGGAACCCUCAUUCAUCCUCAAUGGGUGUUGACUGCCGCCCACUGCUGGAGACCGGCCAGCGUGAUUCAGGUGGUGCUGAGCGAGCACAAUCUUGCUGUAGAAGAGGGAUUUGAGCAAGUGCUUAACGUGUCCAGAGUCUACAGUCACUUUGCCUACAAUCCAAAAACCUUUAACAACGACAUCUUGCUCGCUAAGCUCAUUGUUCCAGCCCAGAUUAACGCUUAUGUUCAACCGGCCACGCUGCCAACUAUAGACAGUCCUGAUUUAAAUGGAGGAGCCAGCUGCACCGUGAGUGGAUGGGGAGUGACUCGAAUAUACAACUUCUAUCUGUCACCGAUUCUGCGUGCGGUGGACGUGGAGAUCAUAGGCAACUGCCAAUACUACUACUACUAUAGAGUCAAUGACAACAUGAUCUGUGCUGGCUCUCGUUUCGGGGGAAAAGACGCCUGCCAGGGCGAUUCAGGUGGUCCUCUUGUUUGUGAUAGGACUUUAGAGGGCAUUGUAUCGUGGGGAAUCGGCUGUGCUCUUCCGUACUACCCCGGCGUCUACACGAGAGUGAGAAGCUACAGCCGCUGGAUCGACUGGAUCAUGAGCUCUGACAGCUGAGAUGCAGGUUUAACCGAACGCCGGAGGGCUUUCCUUCAAUCUGAAUUAAGAAAAAGGUGUAAUUUGACAAUAAAUCCUACUUCAAGUACUCACAUUUUUGCAUCCGGAGUCUCAAUAAUUAUAGAUGAACAUUCUGAAAAGCAUGAAAUACUUACAUUAACUGUAUUUCACCUUAUGUUCAUACUCUAUAUAAGGCUUUUGCACUAAUGCUUGAAAUUAGUUUUGAAGAAAAAAUAUAAAUUGUGUCAAUAUACUAAUUUCUAUAGAAAACUGUAUUCUGUUUAGUUUUUCUAAAUGUUGUAACAGAGAGAAACAUCCUUCAGUGUGAUUUAAAAAGCAUUGCAGGAUGCAUCUGUUUAACAAAAUGACCUGGAAGGAAUCUAGCUGUCAAUAAGAUUGAUGGAACUGUCACAGUUUCGUUUUUAAAUACAUAAAGUUUACAACAAGCUACAAUUUGCCUCUUUAUUGCAUUCAUAUACUCAUACAAGUCUCUGAACUCUGGACUGAUCUUUACCUUAAUUCUGUGCAUUGCCUCAAUUAAAUAUUGAAAAUAAAAAUGAAUGUUUAAACCACAUUUAGGUAAGUGAAAAUGUUUUGUUCGUUGUGCUGGCAGUGCUUUGUCUAAUGAUUGUCAGAACGCAGCAAUGCACAAUCCUGUUCGUGGAAUUUCACACGUUGUCGUCUGAAUGAAUUAUUAAGUAAAUGCGAAUUUUGACAUUGCUGCACUAAAUUACUCCAUGCUAAGUGUCAAAGAGGCAUUGC